UCAAAGAGGUUGACAAUAGUGUAUAUGAGACCCACCCAAAGCGAUUUGUGAUAAAAGCACUACAUAAAACAAUCUUUUUUUAACUGUUAUUUUGUGUUUUGGACGUUCCUGUUUGUUGUUUGUCGAUAGUGGCUUCCUUUCUUAUCGUGUGACUGAAAGAUUUGUGUGCAUUCAUACAGAAAAAGUGAAUUUCAAUUUUGUAGACUGAUUUUCCGUAAGUUCACAGUUUCAUCUAUUUGGAACAUUUCCACGUGAAGUCCAAUCAACCUAUCAAGAAUGGCGGAACACUUUGGUGCUACACUCAAAUGGGAUCCGAAAAACCUUGAGAUCCGUACUAUGUCUGUCGAGAAAACUCUGGAACCAUUGGUGCUUCAGGUCACAACAUUGGUCAAUACCAAAGGCCCUUCAAAAAAGAAGAAAGGUAGAUCAAAACGGGCCCACGUACUUGUUGCAGCAGUUGAAAAAGCCACAGAAAACUUUAUUGAAAAAGGAGAAAUGAUAGCAUAUGAGAAUCCAGAUAUAAAGCAAGAGAUGCUUGCUGCUGUAGAAGAGGUUCGAAAAACAGGUGACGCGAUGAGUGUGGCAGCUCGUGAAUUUGCAGAUGAUCCUUGUUCAUCACUGAAAAGGGGCAACAUGGUACGAGCAGCCCGGAACCUUUUAUCAGCUGUUACCAGGCUGCUCAUACUCGCAGACAUGGUCGAUGUGCAUCUUUUGUUAAAGUCUCUUCGAGUGGUUGAAGAUGACUUGGAGAAACUGAAGAAUGCAUCAAGCCAAUCAGAAUUGUUGGACAACAUCAAAGCAUUUGGUCGUAAUGCCUCGGAACUUAUGAGCCAAGCAGCAAAGAGGCAACAAGAACUGAAGGAUCCUCAGUUAAGAGAUGAUCUGGCAGCUGCAAGAGCAGUCCUCAAGAAGCAUUCCACUAUGUUACUCACAGCCUCAAAGGUAUAUGUACGUCACCCUGAGCUUGCAGCAGCAAAAGCAAAUCGUGACUACGUGUUCAAACAAGUUUGUGAAGCAGUCAACACAAUAUCUGAUGUGGCACAAGGCAAGGGGCCUUCUGUGCCCCAGAACCCGUAUGAUGGCCCAGGUGAACUAGCUGCAGCACUUGAUGAUUUUGAUGAACACAUUGUUAUUGACCCUCUGACAUACAAUGAGGUACGUACUCGUCCCUCUUUGGAAGAGCGUCUGGAGAGUAUUAUCAGUGGAGCUGCUCUAAUGGCUGAUUCUUCAUGCACUAGAGAUGAAAGGAGAGAGCGCAUUGUUGCAGAGUGCAAUGCCGUGCGCCAGGCACUGCAGGACUUGCUGUCUGAAUACAUGUCUAAUUUGCAAGCAGCAAGGGGAGGAAAGAGAGGGAUGGGUACCAAAGAACAGAGUGAAGGCUUGGAGCGAGCCUUAGAUCACAUGUGCCGCAAGACAAGAGACCUCCGGCGGCAACUGAGGAAGGCGGUUGUUGAUCACGUGUCGGACAGUUUCCUGGAGACCAACGUUCCGCUUCUUGUCCUCAUUGAAGCAGCCAGGGCAGGAAAUGAAAAGGAAGUUGAAGAAUAUGCCCUAGUCUUCACUGAACAUGCAAAUAAACUGGUUGAGGUUGCCAAUUUAGCAUGCAGCAUGUCUGGAAAUGAAGAUGGAGUUAAGAUGGUACGUUACGCUGCUGCACAGAUAGAGAAUCUUUGUCCUCAAGUAAUAAAUGCAGCACGCAUUUUGGCAGCCAGGCCACGUUCAAAAGUUGCUCAAGAAAAUAUGGACGUCUUCCGUGAUGCAUGGGAAAACCAAGUGCGGAUUUUGACAGAGGCUGUUGAUGAUAUCACUACUAUUGAUGAUUUCUUAGCAGUCUCAGAAAACCAUAUUCUUGAAGAUGUGAACAAGUGUGUGUUGGCGCUUCAAGAAGGGGAUGCCGACACCUUAGAUCGCACCGCGGGAGCCAUUCGUGGCCGCUCAUCCCGUGUUUGCAAUGUCGUGGGGGCAGAAAUGGAUAACUAUGAACCGGGAAUAUAUACAGAGAGAGUUUUAGAGGCAGUUAAAGUAUUGAGAGAUCAAGUGAUGCCAAAUUUUGCUCAGCGAGUUGAGGUGGCGGUAGAUGCUUUGUCUUCCAAUCCACCCAAGGACGUGGAUGAGAAUGAGUUCAUAGAUGCAUCUCGACUUGUAUAUGAUGGUGUAAGAGAAAUAAGAAGAGCUGUACUAAUGAACAGAACUGAUGAAGAACUUGACCCAGAAGAUGUUGAAUUUGAUGAACAUUACACAAUUGAAACAAGGAGCAAAUCGAGUGCUCAUACAGGAGAACAUGGUGUUGACGAGUAUCCUGACAUUAGUGGAAUCACAACUGCAAGGGAAGCCAUGCGUAAGAUGACUGAAGAAGAUAAGCAGAAGAUUGCCCAACAGGUAGAAUACUUCCGUAGUGAAAAACUGAAAUUUGAUCGUGAAGUUGCCAAGUGGGACGACACAGGAAAUGAUAUUAUUGUUCUGGCAAAACACAUGUGCAUGAUUAUGAUGGAGAUGACUGAUUUCACACGUGGUCGGGGACCAUUGAAAACAACAAUGGACGUUAUAAAUGCUGCAAAGAAAAUUUCUGAAGCUGGAACAAAACUGGACAAACUUACUAGACAGAUAGCUGACCAGUGCCCUGAAUCAUCAACAAAGAAAGAUCUGUUGGCUUACUUACAGAGGAUUGCUCUAUAUUGUCACCAGAUGAACAUUACAUCUAAAGUGAAGGCUGAUGUUCAGAAUAUUAGUGGAGAGCUUAUAGUUUCUGGCUUGGACAGCGCUACAUCACUUAUCCAAGCAGCAAAGAACUUGAUGAAUGCUGUAGUCCUCACCGUUAAAGCUUCAUAUGUCGCAUCGACAAAAUAUCCAAGACAGGGCACUGUUGCGUCCCCAAUAGUGGUGUGGAAGAUGAAAGCGCCUGAGAAGAAACCUUUAGUUCGCCCAGAGAAACCAGAAGAAGUUAGAGCAAAGGUUCGAAAAGGUUCUCAAAAGAAAGUACAGAAUCCAAUUAAGGCCCUUAGUGAAUUCCAGAGUCCUACGGAGUCUAUAUAAGAUUAUACAAAAAUAUAUGGAACCACUAAAACCUAAGUAUUUUUUUACAGUUCUAGCUUAGACCAUCUUGCUAAAAAUGAGGGCUCAAAGCAUGCAUUAUUCCAUAUUUGUGAAGUAUUUUGCCACAAGUAAAUCACAGAAGCUAUAAUCUUCAUAGUGUGGCCACUGUAAUGGUUCAGAUAGCAGAUUCAUGUUUUUGUAUUUACAACAGUAAUCCAGUAUUUAUCUGAAAUUGAUUACAGCAAAAAACUGCAUUUUGAAUGGUUCAACAAUCUUGAACCGAUUUGCUGGUAGGAAUGUGUUAAAACUGCUUUUUUUCCCGUUGCAGAAUAGAACUCUGUAUAAUGCAAUUUUAAUGUUUUUAGCCAACUGUUUCAAAUAGUGUUUGUUUUGAGCUCUUGCCAUGAAGGAUAUGAUGGUGGGGAAAAAAUCCACAUUAGAACUGUAAAUCUAUCAUGUGGUUCCUAUUUACCAUUUCGAGAAUGAUUUGUGAUAGAUAGCAGAAGUAUUUUCAGUGUAUAUAGACAGUAAAUAUUAAAUUCAGUGUAUGUAAGUAUUAAUUUUAUGUGUAUGUAGAUUAAUAUUCUGUACAUGACUUUCUGCAGCUGCAUUUUUAUUUAUUUUAGUCAGUCAUGUGAGCAACGCUUAGUGUAGUGUUUUUUUUUUUAAUACCAUCUUCCUUAAACAUAGUCUGUCAGUUGUAUUACUUUGCUCAUGUUUUUAUCCUUCAUACUUUUGCAAAAAAAAAAAAAACACAUUUGAUAAGUAUUUUAAAUCAUCAUUUCCCUUACAAUGUAGUGUCAUUAUUAAAAUGGUUAGUGCAAUAGUUAAUUCUUUAUUUUGGUCUUCUCAGCAAGAUCUAUAUUUACAGAAUCAGUUAGUGAUCAUUCCUGUUAGAAGCAUAGUAGAGUAUACUAUGCAGAAAUGGUAUGUACUGUAGGAAAUUGAAAGACACUGUGUGUUUUCAUGUUUGGUAGAGGGAGAGUGAAUGAGCUGUGUUUCAUAAGAUUGGACAUGUGUUUCAUAAAAGAGGAAACUGUGAAAGAAGACAAUGAUAUUUAUAGUUGUGUGAUGUAUUUAUUUAUGUAACCUAUAAAAUUAUUCAACUUUCAAAUGAAUUUAAGAAAAUUAUAUUUUAUUAUUGUGGUUCUCUCCAGAUUGGAAUUUAUGUUUGUAGAAAGAACUGCCAUUAUACAAUUUCUGAUUCAGAGAAUGCUAGCAGUUCUUUUUAGUGACAUGGGGAAAUAUAACUUACCAAAAAUGGAAUAGAAUUUUAAAUCAUUGUUAACGUUGUCAUGCCAUAAUGGGAAGCAGAUACUGCAAAUUAUUUUCUGUAUUUAUAAACUUUUCUUUUAAAGAAAUAUUAAGAAUAAUACUAAAUUGUGCUCACCAUACUGUGAAAAGUUGUGGCAUGUCUGAUUUUAAUUUUGUAAAAUUCUAAAUUUAUUUAAAUGUUGUUAUAAAAAUAAGCAUAUGACUAUUUUAGAUUAGUGACUUUAGAAUGAAUAUUUUUGUUUAUAAAGUAUAACCUCCAGUCCAGUAUUUUAACCAGUUGUAAAAUGAAUAAGCUGAGUAAAGGUGUUGGAAAAUAAA